AUGCUGCCAUUGACGCCUGAUCAGUGCCAGAUACUGGUUGCAAGUAAAGACCCAAAAGCUAUAGCCAACCGUCUUCGAGACGACCAGCAACUCUGCCGCGAGCAAUUACUGCCAUCAGUCUUGGUAUACUUUUUGCCUCUUUCUGACACCAUACUAGCAAAUGAGAUAGUGCACCAUUUAUUACCGGCGCUUGACGUUCACGUCCCUUUAGUUGUGCGGAAACUGCAAUAUGAAGGUAUCAUUAAUGGUAUUGAAGGUUACCUUGCCCAGAUGAACCAAAUAUCUAAAAAUGCCAAUUCAAUUUAUGAGGCCAAUGUGAACGAAGAUGCACCAUUCGACGAACGGGGGGACUCUGCGAAGAAGUUUGAGCGUGUGGAUGACGCUUUCAACCCACGACAGUCUCAUCUCGCCGGCCCACAGCUGAAAAUCGCCCUCAAAGUGCUUGAAGAUUUAAAAGGACGUGAGUUGGUCAAUGAUACUACUACGCUUGCAAGCAUCAUGAGAGUUCUUCAGACUCUAAUCGUCAAGGCAGAAGAAUCGACGACUCCUCUGCCCCCUCAAGGGCUUGAAGUUCCACAGCAAAAGUGCUAUAUCUGCAGAUACAUCAUUGAAUCCCCGCACAAGUUGUACACUUCCCUAUGCAUACCCUGCGGUGACUUCAAUCUGGCUAAAGGCAGUCUCUCAUUACCCAAAACUCUCGAUCUCAGAGGCAGAACAGCGUUCGUAACAGGUGGCCGAAUCAACUUAGGUUUUCACACAACGUUGAGACUGCUUCGAUGCGGCGCUCACGUCAUCGUUUCGAGUAGAUACCCAAGAGAUGCAGAGUUUCGAUACCACGAUGAAGAAGAUUCAGAAACUUGGAUGCAACGGCUCAAGAUCAUCGGGGCCGACUUCCGAACGGCAAAAGAUGUCUUCAGGCUUGUGUCUUCUAUUCAGGACGUCUUAUCAGAGUGGAAAGAAGAGCGCGAAUCCCUCGGUCAAUUGUUUCUGCUGAUCAAUAAUGCCGCUCAGACGCUCACCGAUCCUAUCGCUGCGGAAAAGAAGGCGAUUGCAAACGAGGAACAUUUCAGACGGGAGCGAAUUUGCAAUCGCGUAGUCGAUAAUGGAUACCAUCCCACCAUCCGAGGUGGCUCACUGAUGCCAGGUGGACUGCUCGAAACGAGUCAAUCAGGCUCUAUACCCACAGCGUGA